AGAAACGUUCGCCUGGCUAUCACCAUGAGUGAGACAAGACAAAGAAAGCCUUCAAGUCAGGCAAAGGCAAAUGGUGAUGGCGAAGCAGUCGCCUUGCAGCAGUACCUCGACACAGAAGGUCACUUCAGUCUCGUACGAAAUUUCCGACUUGCAGAUUUGGUCACAAUAAUGAACGGAUUCUGUGGUUCUUUUUCCAUAUUUUCGUCGGCACGCUACCUUUUAACGAAUGACGAGAGCCACCUCUACGCUGCUUUGGCGUAUCCGCUCGCGGGGUGCUUCUUUGAUUUUCUUGACGGGAAGGUGGCGAGGUGGCGUAAAUCGAGUAGUAUGCUUGGUCAAGAGCUUGAUAGUCUUGCUGACUUGAUCUCGUUUGGUGUCGCUCCGGCACUUCUUGCUUUUGUGGUUGGCUUGCGAACGUAUUUGGAUACAGUGGUAUUAACCGGAUUCAUAUGUUGCGGGCUCGCACGACUCGCCAGGUUUAACGCCACAGUCGCCUCUGUUCCAACAGACUCGUCUGGAAAAGCAAAGUACUUCGAAGGGCUCCCAAUUCCAUCGACACUCGGUCUCGUUACACUCUUAGCAUUUUGGACGUCAAGGGGUUGGAUCGAGGGGAAAGAGGGCGUUCCUUUAAGGCUUAUACAGCUUUGGGGUGCACCUGGAGGUAGCGGCGAGAUACACCAAGUGUCUCUCGUGUUUGGCUUAUGGGCGGCGGCGAUGGUCAGCAAGACGCUGCGAGUUCCGAAGUUUUAACGACUUGAAGGACGUUAAUUAUCAUUUCCCACUCUUCGUUUUUCUUUCUUCACGAUCAUGGCAUAUACGAUUGAUGAUUGGAAAUGAUGGACGAAUAUACGGUACAUGAAGAGAGGAGAGUAUGAUUUAGGUUUGAUAUUCAAAUAAAAUACAUCAGUACAAUACGGAUGUCUUCGAUGGAGAUUAGUGCUGCG